UUAUGCAUGAGUGUUAUGGGAUUCAUUUCUUUAUUAAUGAACAUGUGACCCAUGAUCAAAUUGUUUAAAUAUAGAAGGCAAAACUAAUCAGAGCUAUAACUCAGAGGUAUAACUCAAUGCAAUGAAAUGAGUAUCUGGAUCGCGGUGUUUGCUUGUACACUAUUGCCAUUGGCUGUGGCAGAGAAAUCAACCUGUUCGAAAGACAGCUGCAAGGUAUGGGAUACAUUAAUGGAGAAAUGCGCAGAGUGCGAUGUAGGUUUUCAAGGUGAAUGUUGUCAGCUUUCGUGUCGAUAUCCUAACUACGGAGACCGAUGUCAAUCGUGGUGCAACUGUGAAAAAACAAACUGCAGUUCUGUAACUGGGUGUGACGAUGGGUCUCCAACGGUUUCUCCAGGUUUCCCAAACGCUUCAACGACUUCAUUGUCUGCGUUUUCAAUCUAUACGACUUCAAGAGCUUGUCCACCUGGGUACAUUGGGUCUGACUGUAAAUUACCUUGUCGGUAUCCAGGUUACGGCGACAGUUGUCAGUCACAAUGUGGUUGUGCAGAGGACCUGUGUCAUCACAUGAACGGAUGUAAACAUCGCGUUUGGAUUCAAAGAAAUUGAUUUCUAAAUGAGAUGCAUUUACAACGCUUCUGUGCAUACAGAUACUGCGGUGCCAGUGAAAGUCACAGAAAAGAUGUGCUGUUGUACACUACCAUAAUCCUAGGUGUGGUUGCAGUCAUUCAAUUUACAGCUUAUAUUUUUGUUUCGUUUUUCUGCAAAGUUGGUGUUCUAAUGGUAAUCAAUGGUUAGUAAAAUAUAGUGUCAUUGACAAUACAAAAUUAUAAAUGUUUUAACGAAAUUUAAGAGUUUGGUUUUGUAUUUAACAAAUUUUAACCAAUUAUAAACUUAAUUUCUAAA